GUUGACUUUCAACAAUUGUGUAUUAUUUCAUUAUCAUUGAAUUGUGACCAAGUACCACUGACGUUUUUAACUGAUGUCUGAGCAAUGUUUCUAAUAGUGGUAUUAAUAACUGAUGCUGUUAUUACGACUAUUUAGUUCUACGUUUUUUUUAUAUUUAUUUAUGGACAGCUAAUGAUUUAGUUUACUGAUGGUGAUAUGUCCAGGAGCUUGCCAGAAAGAGUUGGGCAGCUAUACUAUAGUCAUGGUGUGCUUUGUGCCGGACAUCCUGUCAUUGUUAUUCUCUUUACAGCAGCAGUUGUCAUAUUAUCAUGUCUUCCAUUGACCAACCUCCCACUUCCAAGUAACAUUCCUCAGAUAGUGAUAGAGUCAGACAAUAUAACAGAUCUUCCACGAUGGUACUCGGAACAACCAGUCUACAUCCAACAGGUUAUUAUGAAGAGUGCUGUUGCUCCUUGGACCAAAGAAAUGCAAUUAACGGAUGCAAUAAGGGGACCCUUAGCAGAAGUGUUUACUCUCAAGGAAAUAAUCCAAAAUUAUCAACACCCAAAAAGCAGAGUGAGCCUGGUUGAUGUUUGUGCACACGUAGAAGCCCCGUCUAAGUCAAGUUCACUACCACAGUACAAUUGUUUACUUGUCUCUCCAGCCAAUUUUUGGGGCCAGGACCCUAUGCAGUUCUAUAAUGACGUUUCUUUAGCAGCUACUGUUUAUGCUCAAUAUAGCACACAACUGGGUAAAGCACCAUUGUCAGAAUUAUUAUUUGGAAUGGGUCUCAGAGAAGCUGGAAUGAAAAGAUAUCCUUUACGAAACAGACAGCGGGUAUUGCAGUUUGCUGUCACUUUUGUUAUGACAAAACUUGAUUUAGAAUACCUUGAUGGUUUAAGAGAACAUUUAAAUGGACAUUAUCCACUCCUUAAAGAAAACUUUACCACAAAUUCAGUUCUACACCUGCAUUACCUAGGUGAUUUUGAUUGCCAUGAGUUCCUUCCGCUAUUUUGUACAUAUUUGGCCCUUUUCUUGUACAUGUACUUCUCUGUGAGAAAAAUAGAACUUGUACGUUCAAAAGUUGGAAUGGCUCUUAGCGCUGUUUGUACAGUUAUAGCAUCACUACUUAUGUCUAUCGGUCUCUGUUUUUUUUUUGGAUUGGAUCCUGCUGGCAGUAGUCGUGGUCGUGAGGUGUUUCCCUAUUUAGUUGUUGUUGUUGGACUGGAAAAUAUUUUGGUUCUGACAAAAUCAAUUUUAUCUACUCCUGGGCAUCUUGACUCAAAAAUAAGAUUAGCUCAAGGUCUGUCGAAAGAAGGCUGGGGAAUCACUAAGAAUUUGCUAACUGAAGUCACAAUCCUCACUAUUGGUUUGUUCACACUUGUUCCUUCGAUCCAGGAAUUCUGUAUAUUUGCUAUGGUUGGCCUCCUGUGUGACUUUUUCCUUCAGAUGUGUUUUUUUUCGACUGUCCUCUCCCUGGACAUGGCAGGUUCAACCUUAGAUAGUGCUAUGAUCGGAGAAACGCCACAAGAAAUUGUUCGACCUUUGCCUAGGACUCGCUCUACGCCUCGUCUUGAGGGAAAGGUGCCAAAGAGACUUCGCUUGGUGUUGUUUUGGGGUCGUACAAGAAUUGUCCAGAGAGGAUUUAUGAUAUGCAUGGUAGUGUGGAUUGGUGGUUUCCUGUACAGUGCUGGUAUUGUUCAGCAUUUUGUUCAACCUGAGGGUGGAAAAAAGUUAGAAAGAUCUGGAAAGCUUUUUGGAAAAUAUGAAAGCAUUCUUGGUAGAGAGAGUGGGAAGGUUAUACUCGGCAGUGAUGACAAGACUAAAAAUAUGUUUCCUGAGGGAGGGAUUUUUAGAGCUGCUGGUAAUGCACGACCGUUGGAUCCUAUAAAAUGGUGUUACCUGGUGAGUGCGUACAACGCAUCAAGUGGACCAUGCCGAUUAGCCGUUCUUCCUCCUUUUCGACUGUGUUCUGCAGUAAGCCCUGCCAGGGCUAUCUCCCUUCGUAAUCCUUUGGAAAAGCCCACACCAACAUUUAAGUGGGACAAACUGGCGCUAGCUCUGGACCCGAGUGAUGAAAGUAUUGAUUAUAAGGAAAGUUCAGAAGAGAGAGGCUGGGGUGCUCCAUAUUUACCGACAUCCCCUUUCGAGGUAUUGUUGGUUACUGCUGCAUCGGUUGUGUCAAUAAUUGUGAUAUCGUAUACUGGUAUAAUGCUUUAUCGCUGUGUUUGCUCUCGCCAUUAUGCAGAUUGGAGAACUAAAUCGUGGUGGUCUCGCACACGAGAACAGGUUGUUUUGGAAGCAGUUGCAUUACCUUUAGAAGGAAAGGGACAAAUAGUUGAUGCAGUCGUCUCAGAUGGAAAUACUGUUUCUUGUUCAUACUUAUCAGGAGAAAUUGAUGUGUGGGAUUCUCUUUCUGGUGAACCUUUGGCACAUAUUGACAGAGAAGUAUAUUUUGGUAAUCUAGAAAACUCAGAUAUUGAAAAUGCUCAUCAUUUGUCCAGUUCUCCAAAAAAUGACAAAAUGAGACUUUCAGAUGAUUGGGAAAGAACCAUUCCUGAUUUGAGAAGUCUUAUUAAUACAAAUUUUUCUUCUGGAAGCUAUUGUAAUAAUCAAGAGAGAAAGAGCAUGGAUUCAGAUAAUGGUUAUGAUUUCGGUCUUGCAGUGCAACGUCUUUAUGAUGAGGUUAAUUCUUUGGAUUGUGAAAAUAAUCCUGAAGAAGAACUUUUCUCUCAUUGUCCCCAAAUAUGGUGUUUAAGUAGCUCUGAUAACAUUAUUGCAGCCGGUACAUCUUCAGGUAGGAUAGAAUUUUGGGAAGCUACAUCAGGACAAUUCAAGUGUAUAUAUGAUGAUAGUAGUGGACUGGGAGUGACUUGUAUAAAAUUGACUUGUGGACGAGUCGUUGUUGCAAGAAUCAAUGGGACUCUGGAAAUUUUGAAGAUAGAAUGGGAAAACCGAUUCGGUCAUGCUCCUUAUCGUAGAUUUGGUGGCCAUUUUAGAACAAUGAGUGCUGGUGGUGCAGAUGAUUUAGGAGCACCAAUAUUAAAAGUCAAACUUAGCUCUGUUUUAAGAGUUCAUCAGCAGGCCAUCACUGUACUUGAAGUUGAAUCUGGGAGGAUAGUUUCUGGAAGCCAUGACACUACAUUAAAAGUCCUUAGUCUUAUGGAUGAACUACUGGUGUUCACAUUGCAUGCUCAUUACGGACCGAUCACUGCCUUGUUUAUUGAUUCAGUUAAUCCAAUGACUGCUGGUUCUGGGUCACAAGAUGGUGGAUUGUGUGUGUGGGAUCUUCUCACUGGUGCAUGUGUAUAUUCUCUUUGUGCUCAUGAUGGUCGUGUGCAGGCUUUGACAUACUCACCAAGCUAUGUUAUCUCACUCGGUUCUGAUGAAAAACUCUGUGUAUGGGACCGAUUUCAGGGACAUUUGUUAAACAGCAUAGUUAUGAGUCAAGCUUACUGUACAAGUAUGACAAUGUUAACACACAACCUUCUUGUCAUUUCACAACAGGGCUCCUUGGUAGUGAGAGAUGUAAGAACCAGUGAACCAGUGAGGUUAGUUAGGCUUGGCCAUAAUGACUGUUAUGUAUCAGUAACAUCCAUAAUUAGGUUGCGAUCGUCCGUAGCAUGUGAUUAUGGCAAUUCCCUCCGUAUUGUACGAUUUCCAUUAGUUAGAGAUAAAGCUGACUAAGCCAAAGGUUACAAUUUUGAUAUUAAAAAGACUGUGAACCGUACCACAAUCCUGUACUUUACUUUGUAAAUUUGUAGGUUUUAUGUUGUCCUCAUAAAGGAGACUUAAAAAAUUAUACCUAUAUAUAUAUAUAUAUAGCUUAUUUUUAAAAUAUAAUUGACUCUCCUACUUCUGUAAUAUUUUU